CAAGAAAAUUGAAACAAGAAUGGUGUGAGGUUUGACUCCAAUCUAUCAGAUCAGACAAGCUACAAAAUUAGCAAAGCUAUAAGCUCAAAGACACAGAGAGUAAACUAGCUUCAGAUAACAACAACAACAACAACAUGGUCUCACCACUCAGCUUAUCCUUUUUCACCUUCUUCCUCUUCCUCUUUCUCUCUCAUCCCCAAGCCCAAGCCCAAUCCCAAUCCCAAUCGGAUCCCCAAAGCCCAACAAAUGACCCACCAACAAUCUGCAUCAUCGGCAGCGGCAUCGGCGGCUCCUCCGUGGCCCACUUCCUCCGCCUCUACUCCUCCUCCUCAAACUCAAACCCGUUCUCAAUCCACAUCUUCGAGAGAAACGGCGUCGUAGGUGGCCGCAUGGCCACUGUCAACGUGAGCGGCCACACUUUCGAAGCCGGAGCCUCAAUUCUCCACCCGAAGAAUUACCACGCCGUGAAUUACACCGAGCUGUUGGGUCUCAAAAACAAGGACCCUUCUUCCGAUUCCUUCUCUCUCGGCAUCUGGGACGGUCAAAAGUUCGUUUUCAAGACACUCAGUUUCAGUUCCAACAUUCCCUUUGUCGACAAGAUUGUGUCGCUCGCGAACUCGCUUCUCAUGUUCUUGCGCUACGGCUUCUCGCUCCUCAAAAUGCAAACCUUCGUCGAGAGUACUGUGAAUAACUUCUUGAAGUACUAUGAAAGGUUUGAAUCCAGACCUGUUUUUGAGACAGUAGAUGAGAUGCUUAAAUGGGCAGGUUUGUACAACCUCACCACCCGGACUCUACAAGAGGAGUUGAUUGAUGUUGGGUUGUCUCCCUUGUUGAUAAAAGAGCUUGUCACUGUCAUCACAAGAAUCAAUUAUGGCCAAAGUGCCUCUAUCAGUGGACUUGCUGGUGCAGUUUCAUUGGCAGGAUCUGGUGGAGGAUUGUGGGCUAUUGAAGGAGGGAAUUGGCAGAUGGCUGCCGGACUCAUUAAUAGUUCUGAUGCUGCAUUGCACCUCCAUGAAGAAAUAGAUUCUGUCUCUUAUCUUGGAGAAUAUUAUGAACUUAACUCCACGAAAGGAAAUAGUUACAAAUGUGAAGUUGCAGUGGUUGCCACUCCUUUGGCUGAGUUGAAUAUUCAGUUUACUCCUCCAAUUUCAAUUCCUAAGAGAAAAUUACAACACACACAUGCAACUUUUGUAAGGGGCCUUUUAAAUCCAGGAUAUUUUGGCCUGGAUGCUGUAUCAGAAAUCCCAAAACUGGUGGCCACUCUAGAGGAUCCUGACCUUCCAUUCACAAGCAUUUCAGUUCUCAAGAAACAUGAUGAGAAAGAUUUUACUUACAAGAUAUUCUCCCGGGAACCCAUGGCAGAUAUCUUACUGGAUAGCUUCUUUAGUGUGCGGCAGGAGACCAUUCGAAUUGAUUGGGGUGCUUACCCUCAUUACAAUGCUCCUGAAGAAUUUGCACCAUUUAUCUUGGAUGAUCGGAAUUUGUACUAUGUGAAUGCUUUUGAGAAUGCAGCUAGCACAAUGGAGACAAGUGCCGUUGCAGCCGAGAAUAUAGCUCGACUAAUCCUAUCAAGGUUUUUUAGCCAAGUACUCUUGAUCUCAUCUAACUUGGGCUCAAAUUCUGAUGGAGAGAUUUUGCAUGUGGAUCUGUGAAUUUUGUAUGUAGGUAUACAUUUUAAGUGAAACAUUUUCAGAUUCUAGUUAAGACCAUGAUGUAACAUUUUGUACCAUGUGAUUCGUGAAAACAAAUCAAAGAAUGUACAGACGCAUACCAAGUAAAAUAAGUAAUGUACGUCUGGCAAAGAAAUUUGUAUGGGAUAUUGUUGUAUAAUAUAUGAUUUUAUGGGUUGGUGCUAACUUA